CGAAUAGAUUUCAUAUUCUGGCCUUAUUGGGAGAUUCCCAAUUCCCUGUUUAAAGGGGUUUGCUUUCUGCCAUCCGGCAUCCAAAGUUCUUUUUCUACAUGCUUUUUAUCUUCUCCUACUUGUCCUCCUCCUCCUCCUUCUCAGCCCUCUUCUGCUGUUCAACCGGCUCGAAAGAGGUUUUUAAUCGAACCUAAGAAAAUGAACGACUGGGCUGCUCCGAUCAUAGCUGCAGCGCUAUUUGCGUUUCUGUCGCCUGGGCUGAUCUUUCAAAUGCCGGGAAAGGAACGGCCGGUGGGGUUUUUGAACAUGAAGACCAGUGGGGCUUCUAUACUACUGCACACUGUUCUCUACGGUUUGCUUCUUAUUUUGUUCCUUGUUGUUCUUAAUGUUCAUGUCUACGCAUAAGAAUCUAUGUACUAAUAAGUGGACGCUGCAGAAGAAAACAGUUUUUUGUGGUUCCUUUUUGGAUUUAAGGAAUUGAAAUUUUUAGCUUAUUUUUAA